CCAUGUUGCAAGCCAUGCACACUCUCAGCCCUCCACCACGAUAUGUGCUCGCCAGCAUGCUCACCUCCUUCGGGGGGCUCCUUUUUGGCACCGACACGGGCAUCAUUGGGCCGGUGACCGUCAUGAAAAGCUACCUGGUGCAUUUCGGUCCCCUUUCCUCGACAGUACACGGCUUGAUUGUGUCUUCUAUCUUGAUCCCAGCGGCUAUCUCCUCAAUAUUCGCGGGGAGAGUUGCCGAUCGUCUCGGUCGACCCAAGGGCAUCGCUAUCGGCGCGUCGAUAUUCGGGUUCGGCGCCGCUCUCGAGGCGGGUGCAGUUCAUCUGGCCAUGUUCAUUGUCGGAAGAUGUAUCGAGGGUAUCGGUGAGGGUUUGUAUCUUGGAACGUUGGUCGUUUAUAUAUGCGAAAUCUCUCCGCCGAGUAAGAGAGGACCGCUGACAACAGGCCCUCAAUUGCUGGUUACUCUUGGCCUAGUGGUGGGUUUCUUCACCUGCUACGGCUCUGCAAAUCUUGAAUCAUCGCUAUCCUGGCGGCUACCUUUCAUUCUCCUAGCGUCCCUGUCUUUCGUAUUUGCCGCAGCGUCUGUGAUGUGGCUCACCCCGUCUCCUCGAUGGCUUACUCUCCGCGGCCGUUCAUCAGAGGCGGUUGCCACCUGGGACAUCCUCGGGGUAGGCCAAGCUGAGCGUGAAAAGGCUGAAAUCGAACAGAAUCAGGGCCCCAUCGAGCUUCAAACGCAGGGACCCUCCCAACUCCCGCCCGUGUCGACUGAUGAUAUGGUGGAUCCUGUACUCUCCGGUUUCAGGGAACCAAAGAGCACUUUCCGGGGUCUAUUUUCGCGGGAUGUGCGUAUGCGGACCGCUCUGGCGAUCUUCAUGAUGGGCAUGCAACAGCUCAGCGGUAUCGAUGGCGUUCUCUAUUACGCACCCCUCCUCUUCCAACAGGCGGGCCUUGCAUCGUCUGAAGCGUCCUUUCUGGCUUCCGGCGUCUCUGCUAUUGUGAUAUUCGGCGUGACUAUCCCCGCCCUCAUCUGGGCGGAUAAAUGGGGUCGGCGCCACAGUACCGUCUACGGUGGUCUAGGUCUUGCAACAGUCAUGUUCUUGAUCGGGGGCCUCUACGCCGGAAAGGCCGUACAUGGUACCUGGGGUGCGGGUCGGUGGGUUGUCAUCGUGUCAAUCUACAUCUUUGCAGUGAUAUAUAGCGUCUCCUGGGCUGUUGGGUUCAAGAUAUACGCUGCGGAGAUCCAGCCGCAACGGACGCGUGCGAGUGCAACUAGCCUGGCGCAUGGGAGUAACUGGGCGACCAAUUUCCUGGUGGCUCUGACGACGCCUAUCCUGCUCGCCAAGAGCAGCUAUGGGGUUUACUUCCUCUUUGGGGGGUGCACUGUGCUGACGGCGAUCGUCUGUGCGGUGUUCAUGCCUGAAACGAGAGGGAAGUCAUUAGAGGAAGUUGAAGAAGCAUUCAAGCAGAGGAAGUCUGCGUUGAGCAAGCUGGGACGGAUCGUGCGGAGAUCCCUCAGCUGGGAUACCCUUGGUGUGCACGACUAGACAUCAUUGUCCUUGAUGUAGACGGUAACUUCUCUGGAAACUUUUGAUAUUCUUGUGGUGGUAUUCGUUAUGGCAUGUAUCCUGUUGACUGCUGGUAUGUUCUACCAGCAGAGAAACAAAGCAUUCGUCAUACAUCAGUUGUUCCCCAUCCCAAGGAAUGUCGGGCUCGUCCUUGGUUUAGCCUACGUCGCAUUCUGGGGCUUCUUAGUAGUUGCACCAACUCAGACGUUAACUCUUCCUCCA